CAUUUUAAAACCUCAAACAAAAUAUUUUGAUUUAUCAAAAAAAAAGUGAAUUAAAUAAUUUCCACAAUUAACAAAUGGAUUUGAAGUGAAUUAGUGAAAAGAAAACUACGUAACCAUUAAAAGUUUUUUUUUAAAUAAAUUGUCGUUGUGUUUUUUUAUCUUACGCAAAAAUCAUAUUUGCAACAUAAAUAUUUCAAUUUAUGUCCAUAAUGCUUUUAGUUUUCAUCUCAAAUAAGUUUUUGUGUGUGUGUGAAAAAAAUGAAAAGAGCACGAAAAGAUCUCCUAAUUUUAAUAAAAAAUCCUAAAGACUCUUUAAUAUUAUAUGUAAAACAUUCUGUGAUAAAUUGAGUGAACAUUAGUGUUUAUUUUAUUGCACGCGUCUUCUUCACUUUGUGACUUUGACGACUAGUAAUCAUUUUACAAACGGAUUAAUACUACAAAAUAUGGUCAUUUUACAAAACUAUUCCCAUUUUCAUGCUCAAAUGUCAUCUUUUUUUGCCGGAAAUUCGACGAUGAUCAGCAAAGAGCGAAUGACCAAAGAUUGGGAUAUUAAUGAUACAAAUGUACCCAUUAUCAGUGAUUCUGAUUUCGAUGAUUUCUGCGAAUGGGCAGACGGGCAUGUUCGUCUUGUGUAUCCGGUGGGGAAUGAGGAUGCAAAGAAGCACACCUCCGGAUGGGCAAUGCGCAACACCAACAACCACAACGUGAACAUCCUCAAGAAGAGCUGUCUGGGUGUUCUAAUUUGUUCCGCGGGCUGUGUACUACCGCACGGUGGUCGCGUACACCUACGCCCUGCGAUAUGCGACAAAGCACGCAAAAAGCAACAGGGGAAACCUUGUCCGAAUCGCGCUUGUAAAUCGGGCAGAUUGGAGAUACUGCCCUGUCGUGGCCACUGUGGCUAUCCCGUGACGCACUUCUGGAGGCACACGGAAAAUGCGAUUUUCUUCCAAGCUAAAGGGGUCCACGACCACCCACGCCCGGAGCCAAAGAGUUCCAGUGAGACGAGAAGAAGUCUCGGCAGUGGACGAAGGGUACGGGGAUUGGCAGUUCUCCUUGCCAGGGAUGCUGCCCUUGGCAACAAACUUCUCUCGCUUAGACAAACGAAGAAAUCACCAAAAUUGCACAAUACCGACAUCAUGAGACCACCACCGCUUAUCCCUGAUUCAAAUAUAGGUGACUCAUCAACCUGCCUGUGUCCUACACCAAAUUGCUCCUGUCGCUUAAUGAGUAAUAAUCUCAGUCAAACUUCCCAGUAUCCUUUUGCUCAAUCCUCCUCGCAAUUUGGCUAUGCAGAAUCAUUUGGAUUAGCCACAUUGAGUCAUCAGCAAACGCAGCAGCAGCAAUUGAACUACUGGAAUCAUUCACAGAACCAAUUUUCCGGUGCACAAUUCACUGAAAGUGGGAAAUUCUACUCAACCUACACAAGUGAUUGUUCCAUGGAAAUAAGUUCGCACAAUCAAAUGAGCGGUGAUGCGACAAAUCAGCAGGAUUUGUAUCAAUUCUCACCACUUUCGGGGGAUCUUUUCCAGCCGGAGGAAAUAUUUCAGCUGGAUCAACCACUAAAACCUCCAGGAGGGGUGAAUAAUUCAAUAUCCCCGCCAACAUUCCUUGAUCUCGGUAGUGGUACAAUCCAGCAGCAGCACAGAGGUAUAUUUCCCGAUGAAGAGAACACCAACAAUAGCUCCUCAAGUCGCAACAAUGAAUCUAGUCCACAUCAGUACGAGUUGAGAGUUUUCGGGCAGAGCCACUUCAACAACAACAACCAUCAAAUGCAUACUGAAUACUUUUGUGAUCCAUCCAGUAGCAAUGAUCCCCAGCAAUUUAUCCAGUACGAUGCUGACAUGCGAUUCGCUAAAUCCGAGAAUUAUGCAUCCAUAUCCGGUGGAUAUGAUGCGUCUAAUGGGACGACUACCGGGGAUGGGUAUCGCAUAAAGAAGCGAUAUGUUGAUGAAAUGGAAAAAAUGAAUAUUUAUGCACAGCCACCAAUUACUCCAUCAUUGGAGAAGAAUUUGGAGGAAAGCAGCUCAACAUAUUACCAUGUAUCCUCUUCACAGUAUCCCUAUGCUGCUUUUCAAGCUUCCGAAUAUGAUGCAACAAACUCCAACAACAAUCACAUGGCUCUAUCCUAAGAAAUAAUCUCAAAAAAAUGAAGUGAGAAUGUAAAUUAAUUUUAAAAAAAAAUGCAAUUUCUAUAAAAAAGUAAAAAAUGUAAAAUAAAAUUUUUUAGGAAAAGAAGAAUUUUAACUUAAAGUAUCUUAAUGAUUUUUCAAGAGGUUGCCUUUAAAUAAGUUUUGGAUUAAUUUUAUUAAGCUUAAUUGCACAUAUCCCUUUUAAUUUUCUCAUUUUAUAUUUAAACUUGAGAUAUAUUUGUAAACUACAUCCCUCCUAUGGAAGAAUGUAGAUGACUGCCGGAGCUAAACUAUAGUGUCUAUCCCACAUUACAAGAUAUUAAAUAAAAAAUAAUAUUAAAAGAAAGCUCUGAAUGGGAUAAGCUUUUUUAUAAUUUUUAUUAUUAAUGCCAAAACUUAAAGCUCUUUGACAAAAAAAAGGAGUGAAAAAUGAGUCUAUUUUUUCAAACAAUAAAUACAUUUUAUUAUUUAUUAUUUUUUUGUGCAAAAAAUGAGUGUUAUUGCAAAAUUGAGACAAUAUUUUUUGAAAAAUUGUACAUAGAAAAUUUUUACAGUUGAUUCACCAAAUUCGUGAAAAAUAUGAAAUUUUUGUUUUUAAUUAUUUCCUGAAUGCUUAAAAAUAUAAAAAUUUGUUGAAAUGAUUCUUACAAUUAAAAAUGACUUAGGGGAGAAUGGUCCAAUUUGGAUCUGAAACUGUUCAAAGGAAAGGCUUAAAACGGUCUAGAUUUUAAAUCUUACCCAUUUCAUGUAAAAGAGACUUAAAAAGACACUAAAAGGUCCGAAUUGAGCGAUUCUCCCCUACUUAUUAUUAUGGCUAUAUAAUGAAUGAUAGAUCAAAUUGGGAUUUUAAUUGUAUUUCAUAAAAUCCAUAGUAAAAAUGACAAUGCAAAAAC